UCCGAUCGCUCGGUCUUUAUUCAUUCGGUCUCUUUCACUCUUCAUUCAUUGAACAAUCACGAUAUCUCUCACUCCGAGAACGUGUUAUUCAUAUCGCCUGCAAUUCUUGUAACUCCUCGUUAAAUUCUUACUGAUCCUGAGGAGAAGAAUAUUUAUAUGAAAAUGUCGGACGUUAUAGAGCAAAUGCCAAAAUCGGAUACGCUAAAACUUAGGAAAAGACACAUUGGGGACUCAUGUACGCUUUUUUACCGAUCGAAUCCCUUGAAAAUCGUGAGGGGAGUAGCUCAAUAUAUGUACGACGAAAAGGGUGAAAGGCACCUCGAUUGCAUCAACAAUGUCGCCCAUGUUGGACAUUGUCAUCCGCACGUAGUUGAAGCAGGUCAAAAGCAAAUGGCCCUGCUGUCCACUAACAAUCGCUUCCUACAUGAUGAUCUAGUGAUUUGCGCCAGCAGACUGACAUCAUUACUCCCAGAACAGCUCUCUGUUUGUUAUCUGGUGAAUUCCGGAAGUGAGGCUAAUGAUUUGGCUCUUCGCCUUGCUCAAACCCACACUGGGAACGAGGACGUUAUUGUGCUAGAUCAUGCUUACCAUGGACAUUUGACUUCCAUGAUUGACAUCUCGCCAUACAAGUUCAACCAACCUAAGGGAACUGGGAAGAAAGACUGGAUUCAUGUGGCACCUUGUCCGGACGUAUAUCGUGGCAAAUAUCGUGACGUGGACUAUCCUGGGGAGGAUCUUGGUUUGAAGUACGCGGAUGAUGUGAGAAAAAUUUGUAAGGAUACGAAGCAGAAAGGACGAGCGAUUUCCGCUUUUAUCGCAGAGAGUCUUAUGUCCGUCGGUGGACAGAUCCUUCCCCCUGAAAAUUACUUCAGAAAUGUCUACAGCCAUGUCCGAGAAGCUGGUGGUGUAUGCAUUGCUGAUGAAGUUCAGGUUGGAUUUGGAAGGGUUGGAUCUCAUAUGUGGGCCUUCCAGCUUUAUGGUGAAGAUAUCAUUCCUGACAUAGUUACCGUUGGAAAACCCAUGGGGAACGGACAUCCCGUAGCGGCUGUAAUUACUACUCAGGAGAUUGCUCGCAGUUUCGCAGAAACUGGCAUUGAAUAUUUCAACACAUAUGGAGGAAAUCCAGUUUCCUGUGCCAUAGCUAAUGCAGUGAUGGAUGUUAUUGAGAAAGAAAAUCUUCAAGAGCAUGCAUUGAAGGUGGGAACUUACCUUCUUGAAGAAUUGAAGAAACUUCAAAAACGUCAUAAGAUUAUUGGCGAUGUUCGUGGAGCGGGAUUAUUUGUAGGGAUCGAAUUAGUUAAAGACAGGAUGAAUAGGACACCAGCCACAGCUGAAGCUAAACAAGUAGUAAUGAGAAUGAAAGAUGAAAAAAUUCUCAUUAGCAGUGAGGGACCUGAUCUUAAUAUUUUAAAACUAAAACCACCCAUGGUUUUCAACACAGAAAAUGUCGAUCAUCUUCUUUCUGUAUUGGAUGAGGUUCUCAUGGAGCUGGAGAUUGAAAUAGAAGAUAAAGAGGUCGCAGAGCAAAGGGCUAACAUUUUCAAGGCGGUGAUGAAGCCUGUGAAAAUCGAAGCUGAUGGUGUUUCUAAUAAAGCGAAGCCAGUUCUUGUACGGGCGAGUUAAUUAUUAUUACUGUGAUUUCUUAUUAUAUUAUAUAUUUUAUUAUAUUAAAGGUGUAACUUUAGUAUUUUUGUCGAAAUAUAUGUACAAAUGUUUGAUAGAUUUGCGAAGUAUGCUUGCUAGAAUUUUUUUGGAUUUGUAAAUAAGUAUGAUUGCAUACACGUGCUAGUUUUUUUCGGCUUAGAAUUCGGAAUAUAUGUAUAUAAGGAGAAUUUUUGCUUUAAUAAUGAAAUAAAUUAUAUGUGCA